AUGCAUGACUCAAAGCUGGUAAACCAACGACGUCGUGAUGUGGUGAAUGAGCGACAACCUGAUGGAUUAAGAUCUGAUGAACAAGAGCGAUCGUCACAGAUUCGUGCAUUAUUGGUGUCUGGUUAUCAACAAUCGGCGGUAGCCUUGGCUUCCAGAUUUUCUUACUGUAUGGGCCAACGUUUCACCACGGCAUUGCCAUAUAUUCUAUCCGCAGCGGUAAAGUUUAUCGUGGGACCGAUAUCUGACCGAGCAACUUGUAUUUCUGACAGAUGGCGACUUGUGUUCUUCGCUGCCGCCUCACAAGGACUAAUGGCGUUGUCAUUCCUUGCGCUUGUAUUCGUAAGUGCUUCCCAUUCGAACUUUCGAAGUAUUUCUUAUUUCAUUGGAAUUCUCUCGAAAGUCAAUAGUGACAAUUACAACACUGCUAUGUGA